AAUGCUGAAACGCCCACAUUGUAAUGUGCGGAAGAUUGCAGAAUUGCGCUCGCUCGGUCCCUUAAAGGUAAAAUUAGAAUAGAAAGGACUACAACUACGUCCGGCCUUUCUCGUCAGUAUCGAGGACGUUUGCAGCAGCUGAGUCGGGACGGACAUGGCGUCUGCCAGCCCCUGCGUCGUGAUCAGUGAUGAGGAGCAAGGUUAUGACCUGGACCUCUUCUGUAUACCAAAACAUUAUGCGGCUGACCUGGAGCGGGUGUAUAUUCCUCACGGACUCAUCAUGGACAGAACUGAACGUCUGGCCAGAGAUAUCAUGAAGGACAUGGGAGGGCAUCAUAUCGUGGCUCUGUGUGUGCUCAAGGGGGGCUACAAGUUUUUCGCUGACCUGCUAGAUUACAUCAAAGCCCUUAAUCGCAACAGCGAUCGCUCCAUUCCCAUGACGGUGGACUUCAUCCGCCUGAAGAGUUACCAAAAUGACCAAUCUACAGGCGACAUCAAAGUGAUUGGUGGAGAUGAUCUGUCCACGCUUACAGGAAAGAACGUCUUGAUUGUUGAGGACAUUAUUGAUACUGGAAAGACAAUGAAGACUCUUCUAGAACUUCUCAAGCAGUACAAUCCAAAAAUGGUCAAAGUGGCCAGUUUGCUGGUGAAGAGAACACCAAGGAGUGUUGGCUACAGGCCAGACUUUGUAGGAUUCGAGGUUCCUGACAAAUUCGUGGUUGGAUAUGCACUGGACUACAAUGAGUACUUUAGAGAUUUAAAUCACAUCUGUGUCAUCAGUGAAACAGGAAAGGAGAAGUACAAAGCAUGAGAAGCCCUGAACUUCCCCCUCUAGCUGUGUGUCAUUUGUUUUUUGUUUUUUUAAUAGGCAUUUAUUUUUUUGAUAUCCAUUUUGUAUUUUUUUUUCCAGUUGCACAACUCACCGCAGGUCAGCAGGUCCUCCGCUCAGGGUCUCUGGUGAAGUGUGUGCUGUCAGUCAAUGCACCUUACAUUUACAUUUAUCUUAAACCCCCCCCACACACGUUAGUAACCACAAACGCUUUGCAGUUCUGUCUCUGAGAACAGAGGUCUCAGGGUUAGACUGCUGCUCUUCAUCACAGUGGGUGUUUUAAACAACCAUUCGUGCAAGGGCCAGACUCCCUGUAAUUUAUUUUAACCUUUUUUUUUUUUUUUUUUUUUUUUUUUUGUGCAAGACAUUUUAUGGAUAGGUGUUUUACGAUAGAUUAAACACAAUAUUGAAUUUGGGUCGUCUUGCUUUUGCUAUUCAAUGCUGAAUAUGCGAUUUAUAUGAAUUUGACUUGCUCAAAGUAGCAAGAGAAGAGCAUUCAUGUUUCCCAAAGACUAUUCGCUAACUGUAAUAUAAAUCCUGAUUGAAAUAUAAAAUGUUGAAUGCUUUUACAUGUGAAUGUACUUGAGUAUCGGGGCAACCUGGUUUUCCAAUCAUUUCAAAUUUAUUGACAUUUUAAAGCCAAAUAUCUAAUUUUUAAUUUGUGUGUUUAAUUCCCCUGUCAAGAUAUUUAUUUGCGUCCUCUCACUGUAGUUUUGGAUACUAAUUAUAUUAACGAAAUGAGGGAAAAAAAUCGUAUGGUGCCUUGUAUGAUAAUUUGUACGCUACCAUAUAAAUGCGGUAUGAAAAUGAAUGAAAAACUGACCUAAAAUGUUCAGGUGACCUCACUAUUGUUCAGUCCUAAAUUUGAUUAAAUUAUUCAAAGUA